AAAAAAAAAAAAAAAUGUCGGGGGAGCAAAAUGCAUUAAGACGAAGUCAACGUACUUCAACGUUAUCAAAGAGAAAACAAGAACAGUUGUUAACAGAACAGGCGCGAUUAACAGAAAGACAAGCUGCACUUGAAGCAAAGAAAAAAAAAGCAAAGACAAUAUCCGAAAAAGAUAAAAAAAAUCAUAAAGCAACUACUAAGCCACUUCAACAACCAGAAAUUGAAACAACUUCCGAUAAUCUUAAAAUAGAAGGAGCAGGAGAAAAAUCUAAUUUAGAGGAUACUCAAACAAUUACUACGGGUAAAAAAGAUAAAAAGAAGGAAGUCGAUAAUUCGUGUGACGAAUCAUCAGUAAAACAGGAAAAGAAAACAGCGAUUAUUAAACUUAGAAUAAAAAAUAAGGAAUCUGGCAGUAGUAUCUCAAAGGGUAAAGAAAUUACAAAUUCCAAAGGUAAAUCGAAAGCUGUACUAUCAACAAAGUCAAAAAAAACGAAGAAAUUAGAGGGAUCAAAAGCGCCACAAUAUGUUCCAUGCAAUAUUGAUAAACUUGCCAGCACAUAUCCUGAUAAUUACUGGCAAUUUCAUGCAGAAAGUAAUACUGGAAUGAUAAAUUAUCUUAAUUUUCAGUAUCAACUUCAGUUGAUCAAUGUAGAUGUGCGUGAUCAGGGACCAAUUACUGGAAUGACCUUAUCACCAGAUGGAACGAUGCUCGUAACAUUUUGUAAUGUAGGAGCUGCAAGAAUUUGGGACACAAGAGAAUUCAAAUUAAUUCAAAAAUUGAGAGACACUGAGGAAAAAAAUAUUGACGAAUUUUUUGUCGGUAAAUUCACUUAUAAUCAAACACACCUGGUUGUUGGUGGCAAGUUGAAAGACCGAAAUCGAUGGUCUGAAGAAGAUGAUGACAAUCAUAUUCUACCAUGUCCUUUGAAGAUUUUUGAUGUAAUUUCUGGAAAAGUCAUUGCAAGACUCGAGGGUCAUUCUGAGGAAGUUUUAUGUAUAAAGAAUAUUACGUACAAAGGAGAGCCUUAUUUUCUAACUACCAGUCAGGAUGGUUAUAUUAUCAAAUGGAAAUUACAAGAAGAUUGGACUACUCUUAUAAGCAAAACACGAAUGGAAGAUGGUAUAACUUGUAUGGCGUUCACUGUUUCAUUUGUUCCGAAUACUGGAAACAGAUACUUCAUGGCUGCUACCGAUGAACAUGUUCGAUUAUAUGAUUUUGAAGCAGCACAGCUUGUGCAAACAUUUUCUGGAAAUAUGUAUUCCCAAUAUUGUGACUGCGCCAAAUUCAUAUAUCCUGUUGAAUCUUUGGAAGGAGAUUCAGAUGACAAUGAUAGUGCACAAGAGGGUAGUAGUAAAGCAAUAAAGAAAUCAUCAAAACCAAAAAGCGCUUAUCUUAUUACGCGUGGUGUCGAAAUUUUAGACGCAGAAGGUGGUAAAAUAGCGUCAAGAGUUAAUGUUUGUAUAUUACACAAGUUAAAUUUUCCAACGAAAAAAGGUGGAUCAUUUAAUCUUGAAGAAAUAAGACGAUAUCACCACAAAGAUUAUCAUUCUAAUUCAUGGCUUAUAAAGAUUUCUUCAAACGGGCGAUAUCUUGCUGCACCAACUAUGGACGGUGGUGUAUUUAUAUUCAAUUUAAAAAAUGGACAAGUUACUGGUAUAUUAAGAGAUCAUGAUGAUUUAGAAGUAAGAGACGUAAUUUUUCAUCCAUGGAAACCAUUGUUAUUUACUUGUGCAGAUGAUGGAUGUGUUAAAAUAUAUACAUACAGUUUCCUCGAAAAUGAUGAUUUUAAUGAGAUUGACGUUGAGAAAGAAGAUUAAUUAAAAUAUACAUAAUGAAUUUAAAUAUUGUACGAUCCUCUUUUUUUGUAUCCUUAUUCUUUUUACAUGAUAUAUAUAAAUAUAAUAAAUUUUACGUCCGGUAAUAUUGAUAUAGUAUGUAUACAGUAUAUACGGCCGAUCUUCAAAUUUUAAAUUUUCGUGCUUAGUUUUAAUGUGACUAAAUUUCUAAGAAAAACUAAACUGAUAAGGAUAGAGCAACAUAUUCGUUGUUUUAUUUUAUAAUAUUAUGGAUCGAAUUUAAUGACUAUCUGCUAUGUAGUAAAAACAAAUUUCGUAUUAAGUAC